CGGCCAGUGGGGAGCGGGCUGAGAGGGGUCGCGGCGGUGGCGGCAGGCGGAGCGUUAGGUCGGUGUGCAACCGGCAGUGGGGCGCCCGCCGGCUAGGGGAGGCCGUGGAGACCUGGGCGAAGGGCCGGGCCGAGCAGCUGUGUGGAGCCGGUCGUCAGUCUCCCGGCGCCUCUGCUCUGUUGAGCAGCAGCAGUCGGAGGGAUAUUAAAAAUGGCUACUCCCCAGUCAGUUUUCGUCUUUGCAAUCUGCAUUUUAAUGAUAACGGAAUUAAUUUUGGCCUCCAAAAGUUACUAUGAUAUCUUAGGUGUGCCAAAAUCAGCAUCAGAGCGCCAAAUCAAGAAAGCUUUUCAUAAGUUGGCCAUGAAGUACCAUCCUGACAAAAAUAAGAGCCCUGAUGCUGAAGCAAAAUUCAGAGAGAUUGCAGAAGCAUAUGAAACACUCUCAGAUGCUAACAGGCGAAAAGAGUAUGAUACACUUGGACACAGUGCUUUUACUAAUGGUAAAGGACAAAGAGGUAACGGAAGCCCUUUUGAGCAAUCAUUUAACUUUAAUUUUGAUGACUUAUUUAAAGACUUUGGAUUUUUUGGUCAAAACCAAAACACUCGGUCCAAGAAGCAUUUUGAAAAUCACUUCCAGACACGCCAGGAUGGUUCCAGUAGACAAAGACAUCAUUUCCAGGAGUUUUCUUUUGGAGGUGGACUGUUUGAUGACAUGUUUGAAGAUAUGGAGAAAAUGUUUUCUUUUAGUGGUUUUGACACCACCAAUCGGCACACAGUACAGACUGAAAAUAGAUUCCAUGGAUCUAGCAAGCACUGCAGGACUGUCACACAACGAAGAGGAAAUAUGGUUACUACAUACACUGACUGUUCAGGACAGUAGUUCACUGUUUGUCCUCACUAAAUCCAACUAGUUGACUCUUCUUCAAUAUCUUUGAUGCAAAACAGUUUUCUGUGAACUAUUUUGACAAGUGCAUGAUUUCACUUAACUUGAUAUAGAUAUUAAAUGUAUUUAAAUGGUUUUUGAAAAUUCAGCAACAUUCAGUUAGAGAAAUAGAUAAUUAUUAAUUUUCCUGAUUAGGAAACAUUCUUUUUAAAAAAAAGAAAAGAUAUUAUAAUUCUGCCUGGUCUUUUUUUCUCUACUUGCCCUUGGGCUUACUUGCGUGGCCAGUUUUAUUACCAAGAAAAGAUUGAGUUCACCUGAUACGUAUUUAAAAGUUAAACUUUAAAACUUACUGUAGAUUUAAAUUUGUGAACUUCAGUGGUUUUUGCAGUGAAACCUUUGCUAAUUUAAAGUUGCAUGCUCUGCAGCAUCUCUGAUUUGGGUUGCUAAAUGUACAUGAAACUGUAAUUGAGUCACUCAACAAAGGAUAAUAGUAUCUUUCCGCUGAAAGUUUCAGAAAGUCACGGUUUAAUAUUUACCACAGAAUCAUACCUUUCUGUAGUAAAAUUGGAGUAAGGGAAAUGAUUGUAUUGCUUAUAGCCAUUUAGGCUGAAAGACAGUUGAAAACUUUUGAAAUAUUGCCAAGACAUUGUUACAUGUUUGGUCCCUGGCUAAUGAUUUUGUAGUGUUGAAAUCAUAGCUUAUUUACACAUCUUUUCACAUUUCUCUUAGUCGUUGGCGCUCUAGGUCUUCUAUGAAUUUAUGUAUCUCUUGUGUGUGGUUCCUCUUCUUUGCACUCAUCUUUAUCUAGAGAUUGACUAAUACCUCAUUCUGUUUAUACAAACAGCCAGUAAUUUCUGUGCAAACUUAUUAUGUGCAAUAUUUUUAAAUCCUAAGAAAUGUGUGCUUUUGUUUUCAUUUGACUUCUUUAGUUCUGCACUUUUUGCAUUCUACUCCAUAUGAGUAUUAAUCCUAUGGAUACAUUAAAACUAGUAAAUGUCUCAUAAAACCUUGUGUGUGAGUGAGAGAAAUAUAAUAUUUACAAUAUGACGUCAGUUGUCAUUGUUAAAAGUUUAUUCUGUAGUCUGGACUAUGGAGGAUAUAUAAACAAUGGGGCUUCUUAUGCUGACCAUAGACCAUAUUCCAGAAGUUAUUUUUGACCUGAAACCCUGAAAAACUCUUACUUUCUUAUCAUCCUUCCCUCACAAGUUUUUGUAGUUUAAAGAUUUUGUUAAUUAUGAUUUUGAUGUAUUUGCUUGCUAGGAGCAAGUAUUCUUUCCUCUUUAGGCCUGAUUGGGAAAAAGAGAUUUUACAUAAAGCUAUAUUUGUUAAUAAUCAUCUUUAAUUUUCAAACUGAAGAAAAUGAAAUUAUUAAUUUAUGAAUCUUAAUUAUUUCCUGGAAGAUAUACCUACUACUUUUUUUUUUAAUGUUUAUUAGUUUUUGAGAGAGAGCAGGGGGUGGGGCAGAGAAGGAGGAAGAGACAACGGGAGCAUUGACAGCUCCGAGACCCAUGCUGGGCUCAAUCUCAUGAACCUCAGGAACCGUGAGAUCAUGACCCAAGCUGAAAUCAAGAGUUGGUGGCUUAACUGACUAAGCUACCCAAGUGCCCCAUCUACCUCUUUUGCUUGAUAAGAAAAUGGCCAUACCUUGAAUUUUGGUCUGAGGAUUAUCUGUAGCCUAUGAACAGAACAAAUGCAGCAAAAAGCAAAAACAAAAAACCUCAAACAGGAUUAACUUUACAUUGUCAGCAUCUGUCCCCUUUUUCUUCUGGGCCAGAUUACCCCUUGUUUUCCCAUUCUGAACAUUUAUUUGAAUGUCCCUUUUUUUUUUUUUUAAACCUCCCUUUUGACUCUUUGGUAUAAUUUUUGCAAGGAAAAAAUGGACCCUGAGUCAUGCACACCUUAGAUACAAACUAAAUAUCAAAAAUAUACUUAGGUAAUCUAUGGGGGUAUGUGUAUUAUGUGUGUAUAGUUUGAUAUAUAAGCAACUGGAAGUUAGACCAGUAAUCAACAUAAAAGUUUUCUCAAUAACUUACGCAUUUUCUUCUUUUUAGUCUGUACAGGUGUAUGGUAAAAAAUAGAAAACUAUAUUUAAGAAAUGAUCAAUACAAUAGCUUAAUCUAUCCUCCCUACACAAAUCGAUACAUGAAAUCUACCAGUCUUUUUUUUUCCUUCUGGGCAAAAUAGUAAUAUCUAUAACGUGACUUUUAGUCUUUUUCUUGAAUGAAUUUUUGUAAUUCUUCCAAGUUUUCUGGAUUGAAUAUGUCUUGAAUUACAUACUAUAGGGCAUAUAGUAGGUAUGAGAUUUUUUUGGUGUUCCAGAAUUGGCAUAAUUAACUCCUGAUCUGACGGUUGGUUUUAGGCAAUUGUUUGUGCUAUGAGUUUCAGUUUCAAUUCUGAGAUUAGUUCUUUGAGAAUUCAGGUUGCCGAAGGACAAUUAAAAAUUUGUACAUUCUUAGGGUAGUUAUUUUAAUUUUCUGAAGUGAAAGUUUAUUUAGCAAUUAAAAGAACACACUAGGAAAGAAGAUGUUGGUACCACCAGUAGAUCUCCAAAGUUUUUAUAUUUAUGUUAAUGCUGGUACCUUCAAUUCCAGAUGACAGAUUGAGUAUAAUCAACCAUGAUUGUUUUCCCUCUUUCUUGGUCCCAAUAACAGAAAAUAUAAGAAUGAAGUCCUAAAAGUUCUGGAGAAGAGGAGGAUUUUUGAGACAUUCCAGGAGGGAAUAAAGCAGAAGGGAUUGGAUUGAGAGAAAAGAGAACCAUGGCCAGGUAUCCUAGAGAAAUUUUAAGGCUCAGAUUUGGGUGGUGGGGGUGGGGGGAGACAAAAGGAAUGGGCCAGUGUUCAGUCAUGCUGAUUAAUUGAAGAACUGCAUUGGGAACCCCUGCCCUUCUUUCCUCCAGCUAAACUGCUAUUAACUGAGAUAGCUUUUUCUUUAGGGUAAAACCUAAAACAAUAAAUUUUCAAGGAAACAGAUUAUCCUAUUCCCAGGGAGGCUCCUCAGUGAGGGUAUUGGGGUGCUAUAGAAAGUAGAGUAGAGGUGAAGUAAAUUUUCGCUUGGGGAAGGGAAGGAUGAGUAAUGACACCAUUCCACUCCCAGAGUAAAGCCUCCUUACUUGGGCAUGUGUAGGAAACAAUAGCUUCUGUAAGCCAUCCACAUACCUGCAGGUGCCUGCUGUUUGAGAUGCCCUGACAACUUACACAGAACCAUAGCUUCUGUUCAAAUGGCUGUCUAAUUGCUGAGGAAACUUGCUUUUCACAGCAAUCUGGAAGUUGAUGUAGUCCUUCAUAAACACAGAUGUCCAAGGAAUGUCAGACAUUUAAGGAAAACCCAACAUCCAACCCUGGCAAAGAACUAUAAUUCAGGAAAUAAUUGUGAUAAUAGGAGAUAACUUAAAUUUAAAAAUUUAGUAGUACUAGACUUAUCAUAAAAUAUUUCAUCAGUGAAUCAGGCAGAGGUCCUUGUCUUACUUAACCUGCUUCUCCCAAGAUUUCUUUCCAUGUGAUGAUGGUGUCAGGAUAGAUGAAGCGGUAUGAAUUUACAUGAACAUCAACUAUAACCAAAGUCACUGGAAGAUAACUGUAGAUGUGUGGUAUAUAUGUUCCCUAUCAUGCAGGACUUACUUGGACCCUUCUACAAAAUUCAGAUUCUUUCUCCUCUCAAUUUUGCUACUCAAACUCCUCCCCUGCUUUUCUCCAGACCUUGCUGUAUGGGGAACUACCUAGUGAAGAGCAGAAUUUGCCACCUCUAAAUAUGCCUUUUAGGUCUAAAAAGUAUUUUAGGCUGAUUACUUUUCUUAAAAAAAAAAAAACAAAAACUAUAGACAUGGGAGACGCUCUGAAAAACAAGAGGAUGUUGUUUUUGUAAAAGAUAUUUAUAUUUGAAAGGAAUAUCUCAAUUUGUAAGGGUGUCUCCCCUUGUACUAGGAAGAGGAAGAUAACUAAAUCACUAGAAACUCUGAUGAAUGGAGAAGACGUGGACUUAAACCUGUGUAAUAACCUUACUCUUCUUUACUGUGCUUUACCUGAAAAUCUUCCAUAACUGGCUCCCCCAACCGUAACAUCUUUUGUCUUUCUUUGGAGAUGGUUGGGCCAUUUUGGAAAGUUACUCAGUUUUCCUGAGUGUCUCGCAUGUAUACUGGAGGUAUACAUGUUAUUAAAUAUCUUUGUUUUUUUUUCCUGUUAAUCUGGUUUUUUUAUUUUUAUUUAUUUUUAUUUUUUUUAUUACAGGGUGAAGGAUGGGGAAAGAGGAGUCUCAGUCAAGAACCUAGAGAGGAAGAGGGAAAAUUAUUUUUACUCCUCCAUGCUAGAUAAUUUGUUGUGCAGUCCUAUUUAUUGUUAUUCAUUAUAAUAAUAGGGUGCCAGUGCUUACAUUCUAGUGGAAGGAGACCUGCAAUAACCACAACAAAUAAGUAAAUUACUAUGUUAGGUGAUAAACUCUACAGAAAAAAUGUAGCACGGAGGAGGGAUAUGGGAUAUUGAGAGGGCAGGCAGAUCAAGCAAUUUUCAACAGGAUGGCCAGCGCAGGCCUCACUAAGAAGGUGAAUCUGCACAGGUUUGAGUUAUUUGCAUGGACGAUGGAAGCAUGUGUGACAAGUUCUAGGAACAGCAAAGAAGCCAGUGUAGCUAGAGGUCAGUGAACAAGGAGAGUAGCUAGACAUGAGUUUAUAAAUGUGGUGAGGAUUAGGAGCAUAUCACAUAGGGCUUUUGCCUUUUAUAAAGAAGUUGGCCUUGCAAUGUGAUGUGAUAACUGAGUUAUGAACAAAUAAAUGACUUUAUCUUCCAUACAUGUUAGAUCAUUUUAGCGCUGUGUUGAUAAUGGGCUGUGGAGGGGCAACAGUGGAAUAGAGACGUGAAUUAAAUUUUUUUUAGUAUUCCAGAAUGAAAAAUUGGUGUAGCUCAUGCAGUGUUCCAGGAUGAUAGCAGUAGAGAUGGUGGAAAGUGGUUGGAUUCCACAUGCAAUCUGCAGGUAGAGCCAGCAAGAUUUGCCUAUGGUUUGGAUAUAGACAUGAAAGAGAAAAGGAUGAUUCCAAGCUUUGUGUUUAUAGAGAACUAGAAAGAUAGUUGCUGUUAACAAGAGGGGGAGGGCUAAAGGAGAAAGACAUUUGAGAGGGAAGAUCAGAAGUUCAAUUUGGACAUAUCAACUUUGAGAAAAUAUCUAGAGGGUGGAGAUAUGCCUGGAAUUUGAAAAGAGAGUUGAACUUGAAAUGUAUACUUUGGAAUUGUCAGCAUAUAAUUUAAUUGUCAAAAUAUAAUUUAAAAUAUUUUAAACCUUGAGACUAAAUGAAAUCACCAAGGGAAUAUUUUUAGAUAUAAAAAGAAGCAAUCUAAGAACCGAACCCUCAGGGCACUCUAAAAGUGCAAGCAGAAAAUGAGGAACCUACAAAGGUACUUGAGAAGAAACAGCCAGUGCAUUAAGAGUUUUGUGUCCUGGGAGAAAGUGGAAAAACAAAAACUAAAAUCUAUCAAAAAGUAGAAACUGAUCAACUUUGUAAAAUGCUGCCACUAGGUACAAUAAGAUAAUCCCUGAGAACUGACCAUUGUGGGUUUUUUGUUUGUUUGUUUGUUUGUUUUUUAGCAUAUGGAGGUCAGAAAUGACUUUGACAAGACCAGUUCCUGUCAGGUGGUGGGGAUGCCCCACCUGUUUGGAGCAGGUUGAAGAGACAAUGGCAGCCAAACUAAGUGCUUUCAAAGAAAUUAUUUGGAAAGUAAUUUAUAGCGAAUAUAUUUCUGGACAGAAUUCUUAGCAUGGAUAUUUUAAUUGAGUUUCAGUUAUGACUCCAUCUGUGUAGCAAAUAGCUUGUUGUUCAGAAUAGUGUUAUAUAGGAUGUUAAUAAGUAUGCUGCAAAAAAAAUGAUGUUUAAAUAAUUUUGUGAAAUCCUGGUUAAGAUUCAAACCUUGUUAAAUAUGUUUAUAGGUAGGCACUAUAUUGUGAAUUAUAAGAAAUAUGUAUUUGGUCAUUUAAAUGAUCAUAAUAUGUUUCUCAUAUAUCCUUGGUUUUUGUCCCCAGUUCUUAGCUCACAGCUUGCAAACCCCUUGGAAUUUCCAGUAAUGAGAGUGAUAACUCUGUCUCUUGUUUUAUUAAUGAAGUGAUUUUGGGACUACACCCAAGAAGGGGGCUGGUUGCCAGGAGAGCCAACCCUGUGUUUAAAGGGUUGGAAUUUUCAGACCCAUCCCCAGUUCUCCAGAUAGGGCACAGGGACAGGAGGUUGAAUCCAUAGCUAAUGGCAAUGAUUGAAUCUAUUGCUCCAUAAAAGCCCAAAAAGAGAAGGUUCAGAGACCUUCCUUCCCAGUUGGGGAACACAUAGAGAUUUGGGGAGAGUGGUGUGUCUAGAGAGGACAUGGAAUGUCCCUGCCCUGUCCCCAUAUUUUGCUCUUCCAUCUGGCUGUUUCUGGGUUAUAUCCUUUACAAUAACCUGUAAUCUAGGAAAUAAAAUGUUUUUCUGAGUUC